UUGCACAGGAUGGUUUUCCAAGUUGUGAGAAGUAUUAUAUUUCACUUCGUAGUGGGAGGCGUCCUAAUUUUUGAAUUAUACAUUGUUCGCUCAAAAUUCAAGUACUUGUACAAAGUUAAGGUCGUUCAUACGGAUAAAAUCCGAAGGAAAGUUCAACGUGUCCGGUUCCUUUAUUGUAAUUCGAUCAUCUUUGUCAGCUACUGGAUUCCCCUCGGAAUUUUCAACAUUUGUUACGAGCUGACCCGAAAACCUUCCACGCGUCUCCUUAAAGAAUAUCCCACCGCGAUGUACAUCGUGUCAAUUCUGUUCUUCGUGUACGUCAUGUGCCUUCCACUCAUAUUAUUGUGGGCGAGUGAUUUAUUACGAGGCAGGAAGAAAUCUGGCCACGCUGGGAUUGAGAUGAGGAUGAGUAACUCGGAUUUUAGUCGGCACAGCACGCAGGGAAUUGUGACAUGUCACAUUCCGAACAUUACAAUAACAACGGAGCGUAAUGAAAUAAUUCAACGUGAUACUCAGGCUGUGAUGAUGCAACAGGUGCAAGUUGAGGUUUAUGUGUAAUUCGUGUUUUUUAUUAAGACCCUGUCAAACACACAUGUAUGUAUCUUGCCAAUUUAUUAAGAAUGACAUGUUUGGUACCUUUGUACAUUUUCCGGUAUGUGUAAUAAGCCAAUUCACAUAUGUAGAUAUUUACAACCUAACAAGAUUCCUAAGCUUUUUCUCUGUGUGUUUCCUCCUAAGGAGAAACCACGGACAACAAAAAAGUUUAUGCACUCUGGUGUUUCCUUGAGUACAUUAAAUGUGUAUGAUAAGUAUUUAGCGUUACAUAACGUUCUUUAGUAACCUAAGUAUCUAGAUAGAUACUAGUAAAAUCCAUAAACAUACUGAAAAGGUUGUUCAAGUGUAGAGAAAAAAGAUUGUCAAGGAAGAUCACCUUAUAAAUUUAUUGUAAGUUUGCUUACAAAGAUGCAGGGCAUCCUUUUAUAUUUUUACAGUUUAUAAACUAUAAAAUACUGUGUCAACUGUCUCAAUGUAUGUACACACAAUUUACUUGAAGUCCUGUAUCAGGUUAGCCAAGUUUAUAAUGAAUGUUUAAUUUCCACUAGCUGUACUUUGUCCAAUCGAAAUGUUGGAGUUGUUUUAUAUAAGUCAACGUGUAUGUACAUAAUCCGAUGAAUUAAUAUAUAUGUAUGUACGUACAUACAGACAUUUAUGAUACUUAUGUAGAUGGUUGCGAAUUUGGUGCAAAUAAGUACCUUAUACUUUGACAUUUAUGAAUUUGUAGUAUUACAUGUA